GAGAGCAGUUUGGAGAAUGACGCGAUGAAGACGUAGACUUCAUGCGCCGGAAAUGUGGAGCCGAAGAAGUCCCAAAUGCUGAUGUGUUACAAGAAUUUUCACCACAGAAGGACUUUUCAUUUUCAUUUUCUUUUGCAAUAACAUAAAACGAACAAAAUAAAGAGCGUCGGGUCACAGGUCGAUGUCAAAGAAGACGCAGAGACAGAGAUCGACAGCAGCGGGUCAUAGAGCUGAUGGCGGUGAGACAGAAACACAUGCAGCUACAGAAACACUCUCACACUUUCGCCCACUUUAUUUUGUUCCUCUUUUAUAAACUCAAGAGCCUUUAUGGCGUGUUACACACCUGCACCUGUCGUCUUACUAUCAGAACCAGAACCAGCUUCAGUGGGUUUUGUUAACAGUUUAUAUUUAUACAGUUUACAAAAUAGAUCAGCUUCAUAGUAAGGCUCAAAUCUGCUGUUUAAAUAUUUGUGUAAAUGAUUUAAAAACACAGAUUAACAUGAGAAAACUGUAAUAAGAACUAAAAUAAACCUAUUUUUUUACACGGACCAGUCAUUCCUUUAUGAACUCCUGGGCAAUUUGAUGCAUCCAUAUCACAAAUUCUACUUUUAUAGAUCAUAAUUAUUCAGUAAAAUUACUGAAGUUGUGGUUGUAGUUGUUGUUGACUGGAGUGUAUAGAAAAGUAUUCCUCAUGUUUUGUUCCCUUCACGAAGAGCACUAAAUAAGAGGGACACCUUUAAAUGUAACACACUACAGAGCAUCACUAGUAACCACUUAAUCCUCAGUAAUAAUUAUAAAGUAAAAUAAUCACCUUUCUGAUCAUGUCAACAAAAACAAAAACUGUAACAUUUUCUAAUAGUAAAAUUUAUGGCAGAGCUGGUUUAUUAAUACUACUUGUUAUAAUAAUAUUAAUAGUGUUUUUUAUUUAUAAUGCGCUUUUACAGGUGCUCAAAGACGCCUUACAAAAAAAAAAGAAUAUAAAAUGAAAAAAACACAAUUUAAAAUACAGAAAAUUUUGAGAAAUAAAACCAACGAUGUAAAAGUUUAAAAAAGACAAAAUACGAGGAGACAAUAAAAGAACAGUUCACAGGUUAAAAGUCCAUUUAAAAAGGUGGGUUUUUAAGAGUGAUUUAAAAAUGUGGGGGUCUGUACAGUAUUGGAUGGGUUUGGGGAGUGAAUUCCAGAGGGUGAGGGCGGCAUUGGAGAAGGCUCUGUCCCCCCAAGUUCUGUGCUUUGUCCGAGGGGGUUAGGAUCGGAGGGCACGAGAGGGGAUGUAGUGGUGGAGCAGGUCUGUGAGGUAGGUGGGAGCCAGGUUGUUAAGGGAUUUGUGGGUGAGCAGGAGGAUUUUGAAUUGUAUGCGGUAUUAGAUGAGGAGCCAGUGCAGUUUUUGGAGGACAGGGGUGAUGUGUUCUCGGGAGUUGGUGCGGGGGAAUAGGAUUGCCUAUAAUGUUAUGGUGUGCAUAUGUACAGUACACUCAUUUACACAGGUUAUAUAAAAAAAAAAAAAUCAGCAGAAAAAAAAAAUCAACAGAAUCAGAAUACUUUAUUUAUCCUGGGGGAAAUUCAGUCAUUACACUUUCUCUUAGAAGUACAAACAUUUAUUGAAGGAGAAUAGAAGUAGGAGAUAAGAAUAGAGGGUGCUCAUAUGGAUUUUCCCAUUCAACAAAAAGGAAACUUAAACUUUUUUGUAUUAAGAGUUGAAAGUGUGGUUCUUGAAAUUAAUCAAGCCUGGGUUGUAUUUGUUGGCAGUCUGGGAGUAGAUGUAGCCUAAAACUUUGUUUUUUUUUAAAUGUUGUAUCCCAUGACAUUGAUUUAAAGUUGUGAUUGAAAAACAGUCUGACAGUACUAAACUCUUUCCUCUUGGUGUUUCUUCACAGCCCAAAGGUAAGGUUGGCACAAAGGGAAAGAAGCAGAUUUACGAGGAAAAUGAAGCCACGCUGAAAUUUUACACACGAGUCAUCCUUGGAGCAAAUGUAAGGACCCUGCCUUUCCAUUUCUGUUGUUGGACAUUUAAGUUCUUGAAUGAGUCGUGAUUACACGCAAACAUCAAUCCAGUGAUUUACUGUCUGUGCUAACUUUGAUAACAUGGGUCAAGGCCUUUUGGAGCACUAUUCAUGAUCUUUAGGGUCUAAAACCCAUAAUUUGGAAUCCAGCUGCUAGUUUGAUAAGUUACAAAUAAACCACUUUAAAUGCACUUCUCCAUUCUCCAGGCAAUUUAUACUGCAGUAAAUCUUUUGGUUUUCUACAGUUCGUCUACAUUUUGGACAUGGGUGAGUAUUAAUUUUUCAAAUCUCAGUAUCAUUAAUGUAUAAACCAGACCUGUUUUCCAGACAUUUAACCUUCUGCGUAUGUUCUGCAGCUGCUGCUUGUGUUUGCACUAGCGGUGUAUGUCGGGAGUUACCGCUCCAUGUCUGCCAUGGCCAAGCCAGUGUUUGCUGAUGAUGGAAGUCUCCUGGAUGGUGGAAUAGACUUAAACAUGGAGCAGGGGAUGGCAGAGUAAGUAACAAAAACACUACAAUAAUGAAAUCAAAAUGUGUCAGAUAAGAAGAUCCAUCUUUAAUUUGUUUAUAUUAUUAAAAUGAUGCAUCCAUUGAUUUUAAAGUUGUUUUGCCAGUGUGCAGACAGUACAUGCAUUUUUUAGGUUGCAUACAAAUGUGUCUUUGCUCCACUGGUACUGAACCUGUUCUGAUGGUGUUGAUGCCCCUUUAGUCAGAAUAAAUACUUUGUGGACUUUUUUUUGCCCCGGGUUCCUCCUGUCAGGCUACAAACAGUCUCCUGCUAACCACCUGAUUAAUUACGUUUAUGGGGGACAGGAAGCGUUGCUGACAUUACUUAGAGGUGGAAAUACUGCUGGCCUUCCUCCGCCCUGUCAAUAACUUAAUUUUAUGGUCUGGAGAUGACAAUGUUUGACAAAAAAAGGUUGCUGUUGAACAUAUGUCAGUGUAAUGAAGAACAUUGAUAUUGAAAAGUAGUUAGAUAAUAACACUUUAUUCUGCUUUUUGUAGUCUGCAUGAAUUCACAGUGUUUACAGAUGGCCUAAUGGAUUUUAUUUGUAUCACUUUUCUGUCAAAGAAAAAAAAACUGUUCAUAUUGAGAAGUUAAAACAUUUGUUGGCUUAUUAAUGGUAAAUUGUUGUUCUUGUUUUGCUGAGUGUUAAAGUAUGCAGCCAAGAAUCAGUCACAUAAUUUGUUAUUUUAUGUGGUUAAAAACUGUUGAAAGUUCUCUUGAGUUCAUGCUAAACGGCAAAAGUUUUUCUUGAGUAUGGACAGAAACAGAAAACUUGUGAGUGAUCUUUAAUUGUGUGUGUGUUGUGGUUUUAGGCACCUGAAGGACGUCAUCUUGCUCACAGCUAUAGUACAAGUUCUCAGUGUAAUCUCCUCUUAUUUUUGGUAUCUUUGGCUGCUGGUAAGAGCGCACAUUAAAGAUGCAGUAUUUCCCAAUUCUUCCUUCCUAGUGUCUCACCAUCAAUCCUGUUUUUGUUUCUGUGUGCCAGGCUCCAGCACGCGCCCUACACCUGCUGUGGGUAAACUUUCUGGGUCCCUGGUUCAUGGCAGAAAACCCGACGGCACCUGAGGAGGUAAACGAGAAGAAGCAAAGAAGACAAGAACGCAGACAGAUGAAGAGAUUCUGAUGCGACAGAGCAGACGGAGCAGUAUUUUUAUACACAGAAUCUAAUUCACAAAUAGUGAGGACCUCGUAAGUUAUUCAGGAAAUUCUGUUGUUAAGUUAAAGUUUAACCAAUUCUGAUUCUCUGGAAUAUGUUUCUCCAUGUUUGUUUGCUUUCUGCUCUUCUCAUGUCAUGUAAUUUUCUACCAAAAUGAUAAAUUGUACCUUGUUCAGAUAAGUCAAAUUUUCACUCACUCAUUCUGUCAAUGCAGCCUUCAUUAUGUCAUUUGUAUUCGAUUUUAUUUUCCUGAUAUAGAAUUCAUCUUUGAGCCUUCACAACAGAGCUGAGAUAUCAUUUGUAAGCUGUUAAGUCUUAUAAAUACAACAAGUUUUAAGAGGAAAAAAGGAACAUUUUUGCAAUAAAAAUCUUCCUCCAGAGUGUUUAGAGUUGGGAGUUUCAAGAUUAGGGAUUUAUCACUGUUCUCAGGAAGUUGUCUUUUUUGUUGUAUAUGUCUGUAGUCAGAACUUGGAGUACUAGGCAAUCGUUUUCUUACAUUUACGAGAGGAAAAAAAAUGCUAGUUUCAAGUGUUAGCAAAAUUGGACACUCAGUUUUUUUUGGUUUUUUUUUUGAGAUUUUUCCGUAAUAUCUGGAUCAUGUCAUGAAUUACUUAAGGUUUUUGAGCCUUGGUCUGCUAAAGCUAAUCAGCUAAUGACAAACCACUUUUAAUAUGGCGGUGAGGUGAUUUUGGUGCAUUAUACAGUCUUAUGUUUCACAGACAUCUCACUCCACUGACAGGCCAGAAAUACGCAGGUUUGAAUGACUACUAAAGCAUUUUACCCAAGUAACGGUUACCUUCACAACAUCUUACUUAAAAAAAAAAAGUCAAAGUACUGCUCUGUCAAACUUUCCAAACAAAAGUGAGAAAGUACCUCAUUUCACAUUUAUAUACAAACUAGCAAAUUGGGCAACAGUGUGUGGGUUUGAACAAUAAAUUAGGAUUGGUCUUUCUCUGUGGUUCAGAAAUG